GUAGUCCUCAGACAGUUCGUCAGGCUCACCUGAAUCCAGGAAGUUCUGACAGUAAUACCUAUCAGAGCAUUCAGCAGAUGAGAAGUGCAAUGGAAAAAGAGAUAAAGCGUGAGAGAACAAGAGGAAAUGGUAGAGAUUUAGCAUUCACCCUCAUGCCGUUGUAUGCUCUUGGAGUAGGAGUGUUUGCAGCAUACAAAUUUCUUAAGAUAAAGUCACAUGAAGAAAGUCUCUCCAAAAAGGAAAAAAGUACAGAAGACAAGGCAAAGGAAACGGAGCAUCAGCUUUUAGAACUGGAGCAGCAUUUAGCACAGACAGAGAAAAUGUUGAAUUCUUUAUUGACUCAGUUGGAUCCACUGUCAAACUGUGUUAAUGCUUUAGCUUGUGAGCAGAAAGAUGAAAUAAUGACACAGCUCCAAUCAAUUAGACGACUGAUGAAAGAAAGUGGAUUGGAUAAAUCGGAAAGCAAGUUGAGAGAUGGGAGCCACAUGUGUAAUGAGAAACUUGAAGAUCUCAUUCAGUCAUUUGCUGAACAUUCUCAAGAGAGAGAAAUAGAUGACAGAGAAGAUGACAGUAAUGAAGAUUUGCUUGAGGAUGUUGAUAACGAUUACAAAAUAGAAGAGCAUGUAUUAUAUGAUGAAUGUGAAGCACAUCAGUUUGAGCCAGAUGUGGUAGAAGACCAAGAAAUUAUAACCAAAAAUGAAUCAGAAGAGAUGGGAUUGAGGAGACGUAAUAGAUAUGAAUGAAAUCUGCAUAUGUAAAAUUUUCAAAAGCUUAAUGAAUUUUUUUUUCAUGUUGUAUGCACUUUAAACUGUUUUGAAUGAAAUUAUGUGCACUGCUAUAUGCUUUAAAAAGAGGGGUGAAAUACUGCCUGUGCUCAUAUCUAUGAUGGUUCUGCAACUGACUUCAGUGGCAGCAGAAUUUCACUCAGGAUGUUUACAUAUUUUUUCCUAUUUAUUUUUUCCUACAAAAAUAUUUCUGUACUC